AUGACGCCAAAUAACGUUGCAAUGUCGCCACGGAAGAAGUCCUUUGGAACAUCCCAUCCCGAUGCGGACACAGCAAUAGACAGAAGUAUCCCAGACUUCCCAAUUGCCCAAGAAUCUGAUGAAGAUUAUUACUUUAAUUCUCAUAAACCACCAUCGUAUUUACCAGAGUUAGAGAACGAAGUUGAAGAUUUCAUUGACUAUCAUCUAAAUACCACGGGAAAAAGAGUUGUAUUGGUUACUUCGGGAGGAACUACCGUACCCUUAGAAAACAAUACAGUUAGAUUUAUCGACAAUUUCAGUGCCGGUACUAGAGGUGCUACUUCAGCGGAAUACUUCUUGGAGAAUGAUUAUGCUGUUAUAUUUUUGCAUAGGGAAUUUUCACUUUUGCCUUACUCUCGUCACUAUAGUCACACUACUAAUUGUUUUUUGGACUACAUGACAGAAAGAGACAAUAAGGUAGAGAUUAAUCCUGAAUUUGCAGAUGAGAUGCUCUUACUCUUCAGAAAAUACAAAAGGGCCAAAGAAUCAAGAUCACUUUUGUUGACUCCGUUUACGACCGUGAACCAAUAUUUGUAUACUUUGAGACUGAUAUCCGAAUUAUUGCAAAAAAUGGAAUCGAGGGCCUUGUUUUAUUUAGCUGCUGCUGUCUCAGACUUUUUCUUACCACAAUCGAGGAUGCCCCAGCACAAGAUCCAAUCACAGGCUAGUGGGAAGCUUAUAGUUGACUUAGAGCAAGUUCCAAAAUUCUUGAGAAGGCUAGUUGAUAGCUGGGCACCGUCUGCUAUGAUUGUUUCUUUCAAAUUGGAGACCGAUAUAUCUAUCUUGAUAAAAAAAUCUAGGAGUGCAUUAGAAAGGUACCAACAUCAAUUAGUCAUUGGUAAUUUAUUGCAAACAAGAAAAAAAGAAGUCGUAUUUGUCACCCCUGAAGGUCCUGAGACUUGGAUCAAAUUGACAGACAAGGAACAGGAUGAUGAUGUUGAAAUUGAAAGUUUGAUUAUACCCAAGGUUAUAAAGUUACAUUCAGGAUGGAUCGAGCAGCAUUUAAAGGGCAAAGCUGCAUAG